AUGGAAAAGGCACUUGCUCGCUACGGUGUCACUCAUCGUCUUUCCACCGCAUACCACCCGCAAACUAGUGGCCAAGUAGAGAAUGCUAACCGAGGGGUGAAGGGAAUCUUAGAGAAAACGGUAGGAAAGAGUAGAAAGGAUUGGUCAGAAAAGCUCGACGACGCUUUGUGGGCAUUUCGCACCGCCUACAAAACACCGUUAGGGACGACACCCUUCAUGAUUGUGUAUGGCAAAGCAUGCCAUCUCCCGGUAGAGUUAGAACAUAGAGCUUUGUGGGCGUUAAAAACCGUUAACCGCGACCUUACCGAAGCCGCAAGAAGGGGGUUCUUCCAAAUCCAUGAAUUGGAAGCUUUGAGGGAUGCCGCCUGUGAACGAUCUUGGAAUAUCAAGGAAAAGACUAAGGCGUUGCAUGAUAGGAGGUUGCGAGGAUUGAAAGAGUUUAAGGUAGGUGAUAGAGUGCUCUUAUUCAAUUCAAGAUUGAAAUUGAUAGCGGGGAAGUUGAAGUCAAGAUGGAGCGGACCGUAUGUGGUAAAGGAGGUGUUUCCAUACGGUACCGUUGAGUUAUAUGAUGAAGUUGAUAAAGGUGUGUGGAAGGUAAAUGGUUAUCGCUUGAAACAUUACUUGGGAGGUCACAUUGAUACUACCGAAGAGGAAGAAAUUCCUCUAGAGGACCCACCCACCUUCACCGAACAGUGA